CGGUUCCGGUCCUGAGGAUGCGUCUGCCUAGCAGACUCAGGCUCCAGGGCUGGACGGCGGUGACCGUCCUGAUCCCACCCAGAGCCCGGCCCAAAGCUCGCAGUCUCUGCGUCCGCUGAAUGUUCGUGGUGCCCACCCGGGGUCCCUGAGCCCAGUGCAUCAGGGCGCACGCGCGCUGCAGAGAUGCUCCGAGGCCCGUGCUCCGCCCUCCUCCUCUGGGGGCUCCUGGGGGUGCUGCACGCCCAGCAGCAGGAGGUCGUCGCCCCCGGCCCCUCGGAGAGAAACAGCAACUGCCCAGAGAAGGCCGACUGCCCCGUCAACGUGUACUUCGUGCUGGACACGUCGGAGAGCGUCACCAUGCAGUCCCCCACCGACAGCCUCCUGUACCACAUGCAGCAGUUCGUGCCGCAGUUCAUCAGCCAGCUGCAGGACGAGCUGUACCUGGACCAGGUGGCCCUGAGCUGGCGCUACGGCGGCCUGCACUUCUCCGACCAGGUGGAGGUGUUCAGCCCGCCGGGCAGCGACCGCGCCUCCUUCACCAAGAGCCUGCAGGGCAUCCGCUCCUUCCGCCGCGGCACCUUCACCGACUGCGCGCUGGGCAACAUGACCAGGGAGGUGCGCCAGCACGGCGCCAAGGGCGCGGUCAACUUCGCCGUGGUCAUCACGGACGGCCACGUCACCGGCAGCCCGUGCGGCGGCAUCAAGCUGCAGGCCGAGCGCGCCCGCGAGGAGGGCAUCCGGCUCUUCGCCGUGGCCCCCAACCGGAACCUGAACGAGCAGGGCCUGCGCGACAUCGCCAGCACGCCGCACGAGCUCUACCGCAGCAGCUACGCCACCAUGCGGCCGGACUCCACCGAGAUCGACCAGGACACCAUCAACCGCGCCUAUGGAGAGUGCUACAAGGUGAGCUGCCUGGAGAUCCCCGGGCCCGCCGGCCCCAAGGGCUACCGCGGACAGAAGGGCGCCAAGGGCAACAUGGGGGAGCCCGGAGAGCCAGGACAGAAGGGACGGCAGGGCGACCCAGGCAUCGAAGGCCCCAUCGGAUUCCCAGGACCCAAGGGUGUUCCAGGUUUCAAAGGCGAGAAGGGCGAGUUUGGAGCCGACGGAAGGAAGGGCUCCACUGGCCUGGCCGGCAAGAACGGGACCGAUGGACAGAAGGGCAAGCUGGGGCGCAUCGGACCUCCUGGCUGCAAGGGGGACCCCGGGAGUCGGGGCCCCGACGGCUACGCGGGAGACGCAGGCAGCCCCGGAGAGCCCGGAGACCAAGGAGCCAAGGGGGAUGCUGGCCGCCCAGGACGCAGAGGGCCACCAGGAGAUGAUGGGGCCAAGGGAAGCAAGGGUUACCAAGGCAACAACGGAGCCCCAGGAAGUGCCGGUGUGAAAGGGGCCAAAGGCGGGCCUGGGCCCCGGGGCCCGAAAGGCGAGCCGGGGCGCAGGGGAGACCCCGGAACCAAGGGCGGCCCAGGCGGCGAGGGCCCCAAAGGCGAGAAGGGAGACCCUGGCCCCGAGGGGCCCCGGGGCCUGGCAGGGGAGGUCGGCGGCAAAGGAGCCAAGGGAGACCGAGGCCUGCCUGGACCCAGAGGUCCCCAGGGGGCUCUUGGGGAGCCGGGGAAGCAGGGGUCUCGGGGCGACCCUGGUGAUGCUGGUCCCCGUGGAGACUCCGGACAGCCUGGCCCCAAGGGAGACCCUGGCAGGCCUGGAUUCAGCUACCCAGGACCCCGAGGAGCACCGGGAGAGAAAGGCGAGCCAGGUCCGCAGGGCCCCGAGGGAGGCAGAGGCGAUUUCGGGGUGAAAGGAGCGCCUGGGCGGAAAGGAGAAAAAGGCGAGCCUGCCGAUCCUGGUCCCCCUGGUGAGCCAGGCCCUCGGGGGCCAAGAGGAGCCCCAGGACCAAAGGGAGAGCCCGGCCCCCCUGGAGACCCCGGCCUCACGGAGUGUGAUGUCAUGACCUACGUGCGGGAGACGUGCGGGUGCUGCGACUGCGAGAAGCGGUGUGGUGCCCUGGACGUGGUGUUCGUCAUUGACAGCUCUGAGAGCAUCGGCUACACCAACUUCACGCUGGAGAAGAACUUUGUCAUCAACGUGGUCAACAGGCUGGGGGCCAUCGCCAAGGACCCCAAGUCCGAGACGGGGACCCGUGUGGGCGUCGUGCAGUACAGCCACGAGGGCACUUUCGAGGCCAUACAGCUGGACGACGAGCGCAUCGACUCGCUGUCCAGCUUCAAGGAGGCCGUGAAGAACCUCGAGUGGAUCGCAGGCGGCACCUGGACGCCCUCGGCCCUCAAGUUCGCCUACAACCAGCUCAUCAAGGAGAGCCGGCGCCAGAAGACCCGUGUGUUCGCGGUGGUCAUCACGGACGGCCGCCACGACCCCCGGGACGACGACCUGAACCUGCGGGCGCUGUGCAACCACGACGUCACGGUGACCGCCAUCGGCAUCGGCGACAUGUUCCACGAGAAGCACGAGAGCGAGAACCUCUACUCCAUCGCCUGCGACAAGCCACAGAAAAAAACGCUCUUCUCCGACCUGGUGGCCGAGAAGUUCAUCGACGACAUGGAGGACGUCCUGUGCCCGGACCCCCAGAUCGUGUGCCCGGACCUACCCUGUCAAACAGAGCUGUACGUGGCCCAGUGCACGCAGCGGCCCGUGGACAUCGUCUUCCUGCUGGACGGCUCCGAGCGGCUGGGCGAGCAGAACUUCCACAAGGCCCGGCGCUUCGUGGAGGAGGUGUCCCGGCGGCUGACGCUGGCGCGCCGGGACGAUGACCCCCUCAACGCGCGCCUGGCGCUGCUGCAGUUUGGGGGCCCGCGCGAGCAGCAGGUGGCCUUCCCGCUGACCUUCAACCUGACGGUCAUCCACGAGGCACUGGAGCGCGCGACCUACCUCAACUCUUUGUCGCACGUGAGCUCCGGCGUGGUGCAGGCCAUCAACCAGGUGGUGCUGGGCGCGCGGGCCGGGGCGCGCCGCCACGCCGAGCUGGCCUUCGUGUUCCUCACGGACGGCGUCACGGGCAACGACAGCCUGGACGAGGCGGUGCACUCCAUGCGCAAGCAGAACGUGGUGCCCGCCGUGGUGGCCGUGGGCGACGACGUGGACAUGGACGUGCUCUCCAAGAUCAGCCUGGGCGACACGGCCGCCAUCUUCCGGGAGAAGGACUACGACAGCCUGGCGCAGCCCAGCUUCUUCGACAGGUUCAUCCGCUGGAUCUGCUAGUGCUCCCGCCGGCCGUGCCCGCGUGCGCGCGCGGUCA